AAAAAAUCCCACCACAAUUACUUGUCAGAGCUUCAGGAAAGGAUACUAGUCACUGGACAAGAUGGGCAACACUCACCCCGCAGUUCACUAUCACAUUCACUUCAGUGAAGACGAAGAUGCCAAGAGGAUCAAAAAGGCCUGCAAAGGAGCAGGCACAGAUGAAACUGCUAUUAUUAAAAUCCUAGCACGUCGGACAAUGGAACAGAGACAAAAGAUAAAGAAGUAUCUGGCUCUGUAUGGAAAAGAGCUGGAAAAAGUGCUUAAAAACGAACUCAGCGGGAACUUUGAAAAAGCAAUAAUGGGCUUGCUGGAGCCACCCUGUGAGGUUAAUGCCAAGUCACUUCACAAAGCAUUGAAAGGGGCUGGAACUGAUGAAGAUGUUCUUAUCGAGAUCCUCUGCACACAAUCUAAUAAGCAAAUGAUGGCCAUUAAGGAAGCAUAUCAGAAAAUUUUUGAAAAGGAUCUCGAAAGUGAGGUUCGGAGUGACACGAAAGGCACUCUGAAAAAUCUACUGGUUUUAUUGCUCCAGGCUGAUCGAGACGAGGAAAAUGAUAUAAACGAAAACCUGGCUGAACUGGAUGCAAAAGAAUUGUACAAGGCUGGAGAGAACCGCUGGGGCACUGAUGAGCUGCCAUUUAAUACUGUCCUAGCUAAAAGAAACUGGAUGCAGCUCAGGGCUACUUUCAAAGCUUAUUCAAUCCUCCAUGGUAAAGACAUUGAGGAAGUGAUUGAAAGCGAAACAUCGGGCGAUGUAGAGAAGGCUUACCUGACUAUUGUUCAAUGUACCAGAGAUUCCCACAGUUACUUUGCGAAGCAGUUGCAUGAGGCGAUGAAAGGUUCAGGAACCAAAGAGGACACCCUGAUUCGCAUCAUAGUAGCCCAUGCAGAGGUUGAUCUUGUCUUUAUCAAGGAGAAGUAUAAGGAGUUGAACAAGAAGUCUCUGGCUGAGGCAGUCAAAUCUGAGACUUCAGGUGAUUUCCAGAAGUUGCUGCUGGCCUUACUUCAGUGAAAGGCGUCCGAAUACGAGGAGCUUUUCAAACCAUCCACUUGUGCAUCUCGAUACAGACCAUGUGACAACACGUUCAAGUUACUUGCAACAUGUGAACCUAUCUCUGUUGUAGUAUUUGACAUACUCACAAAUCUGGUAGCAGAAAUUCCACAAUGGGUCUUUAUGUACUCUAUUGCGUAAAAUUUGGCAAAUUGUUGAAUUGAGUUUGGGACAAUGCCUUGGGAUGUCCUGCCGAGGUGAAAGGCCCUAUACAAAUGCAAUUGGUUGUUGUUGUUGGACUCUGAAGCUAGUUUUCUGUAUUUCUUAAAAGAAACACAGAAAACUAUCUUCAGAAUUGCAACUGUAUUUGGAAAUUUGCCAGAUCGUGGUCACUCCGAAAAUACAACAAUCUGGAUUUAUAUAGUAUCCUUCACACAGGGUCUCGACGUGUUUAGAGUAAAUCUAGAUCCAGGUGAAGCUUCUACUCCCAGACUGUCUGUUCACAUUCAUUUUAAAAAAUCUCUAAUAUUAUUUUAAUAUAUAGGAAGCUAUUGAAAGAAAUAAAGCACUGUUACAUAGAUUACGUUUACAUGGAAACUAAUUUUAGAAUACAAUCUAUCCCAAUUGAUGUUAAUCACAAUAUGAUACUUUUGAUAUUUUUGUUUUAAAGCUGUGUAUAUAUCUCACAAAAAAAAAUGUACAAAAUGUAUCUUGGGCAAAAUGUAACCCUGAAUACAAUGCUUAGUUUUAUUGGAAUUUUGCAUAUUUUCUCACCGGAGUGCAUUCUGUACUUUUUUAACAAAUCGUGUGUGCAGCUCACUGGUUAAUGGAGCUUAGCUAUAGUGCGUUGAGUUGCAUGUAACUCAGAGCAUUAUUACUUUGCAUAAACAAAACAUUAUUCUGCCAGAGCUGACAAAGGAAUGCUUAGUAUUAUCUCUGAGCGACCAAAAUUAGAGCAGAUUCCUCCCUCUCUUCCCCCCAUCCACCCACAUACAAACACACACAAGCACACAAAUGCCAUUGAUAUCCUUCACCAUCAAGAAAUCAAUUACUGAAAAAAAAUCUAAUAUUUAUUUUAGGGUUAAGUUGUGUUCUUUGGAAGGAAUGAAACUAUCUUUGGCUUUUUCUGUAUUUUUGGAUUAUUUCCCCUCCUUAAACCAGGAGCUGUCGGUUAUUAUCAAACGUGUGCAGUAUUUUAACUUGAACACUUCUCAUUUCAAACAAACAAAUAAGAUCAGUCAGAUGGACUACAAUGGGUCUGCCUUGGUCCUGUACAUUCCUUUGUCCCUAUGUUCUGUUUAUCGUACCAAAAAUACCCUUCUUCAGAUCAGGUCAGGAUGCAUUAGUUAUUGCAGAACGACAUUGGUCAGCAGCUCUGUGAUUAAGCCAUUGGCUAAACUAUCAAACAUAUGAAUUGUGCUGCUGUCAAAGUAUGAAAUAAACAUCACUCAU